UCCCAUGGUGACGAACGCAGAGUUGGAUGUUAUCGGCGCUCUUUUCAAACUUCAUUACCGCGGAAACGCUGAAAGCGAUUGUCUGGGCUUACAGGACAGCAACGUGAAAUGCAAACAAAAUAGUAAUGGUUAGCCAACUUAAGAGAGAACGUGUGCUUCAAGAAAGAAAUUUGUUGUUCUCAAGAGUUUCAAGCCUGAGCUCUAACGUUAGCUUAUAGCUAAAGUGAAUCGGCUAAACGGCGUUAGCUAGCGUGCUAAACUGAUUUCCAUUCAAAAUACCCUGAACGCGAGUUAAGUAAAAAUAAUUCCAAUGCUUAUUAACCUAAGUUGUACGCUACUUAUUGUUACCAUCGAUUUCUGUUACCGAGUUGGCCUCGCUAGCCAGCCAGCUGGUUAGCUAACUUUUCAAGCUAGGUUGAUAAACGUCCAUAUGUGGCAGUGAUGGAUGUGAGCAGAGCAGAGAGAACCUUCAUCACGCUGAGGAAACGUCUGGAUCAGCUGGGAUAUCACCAGCCGCUGGGAAUAGAGUCACUUCCACUUGUGCAGAAGCUCUUCAGUGAUCUGGUCCACACAACAGAAAGCCUGCGAAAUGCCAAAUUGUCAGCAGAGAAGAAUGAGAAAGAAAGCCAAAAUUCUGAUGCCCUUCUUGAACCAUACAAGGCAGACAAUGCCCGGCUGAUCCGAGAAAACAAUGAACUGCACCUUGAGCGUCUGAAUCUCAAAGAGGAGAAGGAGCGGUUCACCAGAGAGCUCAAGAGGCACAUUAGAAAAUUGGAACAUCAGGCAUCUGACCUGAAGUUUUUAAAUAAUCAGUAUGUGCACAAGGUUCGCUGCUUGGAGAAGGAUAGCAAGGCUAAAUCUGAGCGCAUCCAGCAGCUGCAGGAGAAGAACAUGCAAGCUGUGGUGCAGACACCAGGAGGUAAGAAGCACAGUAUUCCUUUCAGACGCCAGAGAAUGCAGAUUGAUGAGCACAUACCCCCUCCUCACACAUCAGCUUACCCCGUGUCACAGCCUGAUGAUCCAUAUCUAGCUGACCUGCUGCUCCUGGCAGAUGGAAGAAUUCAUGAGCUACAGGAAGACAUCAUAAAAGUGAAGUUAGACCUGGAAAAUGCUCAGGAUGCUAUAAAGGACUUAAAUACUCAGGUAAAAGAGAGAGAUGAAGAGAUUGAACGACUGAAUCGUGUACUUCAGGGAGGGCGUCCUCAUGAUGUAAUUUCUCUUGAGGCUCAGAACAACAGCAAUGAGAAACUGAUUGCCCAUCUCAACCUUCAGAUCGAGUACUUACAGGAGACUAACAGGGUCUUGGAGCAGAAAGUAGAAGGUCUGCAGAAGAAGGACCGUGCUGAUGCUGAGGCUGUCAGUCUGUCCUUAAAAAACAUAGAUGACCUUGCCAAGCAGAUGGAGAUUGAUAAGGCGUUGGAAACUGCUGAGCUGGAACUACAGGAAGCAAAAAAAGAAGUUCAAAGGCAGCAGGAAAUUAUUGAAGAGUUGGAAAACACUAUCACAAAACUGAAAAAGGGGCAGUCCGAAGGCAGUUAUGAAAAAGAUCGUCUUAGAGACCAACUGGUGGAGCUCAGGGAGCAGAUGGAGAAAAUGGAGGGUCUGGUUAAUUUUCUGGAGGAAGAGAAAAUUCGGCUGCAGGAUAAAAUAGAGAACAUGAUGGCAUCUGACAAAGAACUGGUCAUGGAAUUGGAGGCCAUGCGGACUCAGCAUGGCGUUUGUGGAAGACAGCGGUCCCCAUCACGCCUGGAUGCCUUUGUCAAAAGCUUAGAGGAAGAGCGGGAUUACUACCGCCAGGAAGCUGAGCUGUACAAAUGGACCAGAGGGCCUGUGGGCUGGGAGUUAAGCCCAAAUCGUAGCCCACUCAGAGGCAGGAGUGUUCAGUCCAGAGCAGCCAAGAAAGGCUUUAUGAAGACAGAAGUGUCUGAUUUAUUAAAGGAACGAGAUGAACUGAAGGCUGCUCUGUUGGGUCUUGAGAGACACAUGGAAGACAUCCAGAAUAAUGUGACGUCGCUUAGUACUGAGAGAGACAAGUUCAAAGCCCUGUACAAACAGGCUCAAGAGGACUUGAAACUGACCCGUGGUACAGAUCUCUCAGCUGAUAUCUUAAAGCUGAAGGAGGAAAGGAACCAGGCAGAACUGAAGGUUCAACAGAUCACCUCUGAAAGAGAUGUAAUAAUGGAGCGAUUACAGGCUGCCCAAGCUUCAGUUCUUCCAGGCAGAGAAGAGGAUAGAAGGACUCUUGACCUAGAGAACGCCAUUCAGAGUUUGGAGCGAGAGAGAGCAGAGCUGCAGUCACAGGUGCGGCUGCUGAAGGACAGUAGAGAUGCUGUGGAGGGGGACCUGAGAACUCAGUCAGUUGCUUUGGUCCAGAAUAAUGAAGAGAUGGCCCGGCAAAAGGCAGAGUCAAAUGCUCUGAGGCUGCUACAGGAGCAGAUGGAGCAGUCGCUGUCUGAUACCCAGCACAGAUUGUCUGUCAAAAUGAAUGAGCUGCAUGCUGCCCAUCAGCAGAUUGAGAAACUGGAGGAGAGAAUAGAUAAGCUGAUUGAGCAGGGCUCCAAGCACAAAGAUGAUGUCAUGGUUCUUCAAAAGUCCAUCUCUGCCUUGGAUCGAGAGAAGGAUGCGCUGCAGGAUGAAGUGGAUCAAAAGACUGAAAAGCUGGUUGUUCUCCAGGAAGAGUUGUCAAUGAAGGAGAAGGCCCUUGGAGAUGUGAGACUCACAGUCACAAACCUGAACAACUCAGUGGGCCAGCUGCAGCGGGUGUUGCACAGUCAUGAGCGGGAGAUUGCUAGUCUGAGGCAACAACUGGAUGCCUCUCAGGAUGAGCUGCUCAAGCUCAAAAGAGAAAAAGAAGUCGCCAUCAAAGAAAACAAACGAUUACAAAGUGACCUGACCACAAUGACCAGAGAGAACCAAACUAUACAAGUGGAGAUGGAAGAAAUGUUGCAUAAUAAGGAUGAACUGAAGAUGAGGGUUCACACUUACAUUUCUGAGGUGUCCAGAAUAGAGAAGCAGAUGGCUGCAAAGGAGCAGGAGAACAGAGACUUACUGGAGCAGUUUCGAUUGGCCCACUCUGAGAUGCACGAUUGGGAGCACAAGCUUCAGCAUGCUGAAGGCCUCAAUAACUCCAUCAGACUGGAGCUGCUCUCAUCAGAUGCAGAGCGCAGACGCCUACGUGACACUGUCAGGCAUCGAGAGAGAGAAAUUGAACAACAUACACAGGCGCUGAAGGCUUAUGAGGCCCAGGUGUCAUCUCUGGUCCAAGGGAUGUCUCGCUUAGAGGAGGAGCUCCAUAAAGAACAUGAGGAGAAGAAUGCUCUGCUGUCCGAUCUGGCUUCUGUCAGGGAGCUGUGUGUCAAACUGGAUUCUGGCAAGGAGCUUACAGUACGUCGUUUGACCUCCAAGAGUAUGGACCUGGAGAGGAUGGCUGGAGAGCUGGAGGAUGUGCGGUCAGAAGUGGAGCUACUUAAAAAACAGCUGUCAGGUGAAAGGUCGACCGUCCGUAACCUGGAGAAACUUCUUUCUACCAAUCGACAAAGGGAGUUUCAAAUCCACCAGACAGCCAGUGAGAGAGAAUCUGAACUGAAGGUCCUACGUGACCGGCUCACCCUCGCAGAGAGCAAAAAUACAGAGUAUGCCCGGGAUGUGUCUCAGCUCCACGGAAGAGUGUCUCAGCUACAGACAGAGCGGGAUGUGAUGAGAAGACAGCUAACCAGUGAACGCUUUGAACGUGAAAGGGCUAUUCAGGAGAUGCGCAAACAGGGUGGAUCAUUAUCGUCCCUGAACUCAACACCAGUCAACAUCUCCUCUGAACGCUCCACCCUUCAAUCUCUCGAUCACCCCAAUGACACGUCAGGAGAGAAAUUAGCAACUACAAAGACAAAUGAAGGUCCUGAUGAGUGAGUCAGAUACCAUGUGAAAGUUUUUUUACUAUUAUUUUUUUAAUCUGGACAUAAAUCCUCAAGGCUUGCAUUGAACCCUGGUGUACAGUAAAUCACACCAGAAGACCACCCCCCCAUCCAUCCAGGUUCACAGAGCAUGAAAUCAUGCCUGGCAGAAACUAAAUCAAAUGACGGGGGGAACUUUUUGACCUGUGACAUUUAUAUAAUAUCCGCUUUAGCAGUAACAUGGCGAUUUCUCCACUGCUGCUGCUGGACUGAAGUUGGU